AGGCGAGCUCCAGUCCUCUGUCAAGAUGCUUCUGGCCACAGUCUUUACCUCUGCCCUGCUCCUGUGCUCCGUGGCAGGCCGGGGGUGUCCAGCCUCGACGGGGAUCGUCAGGGACAUCAACUUUCUCAUCAACAAGAUGCAGGAAGAUGCAGCUUCGAAGUGCCACUGCAGUGCUAAUGUGACCAGUUGUCUCUGUCUGCCCAUUCCUUCUGACAACUGCCCUGGACCAUGCUUCAGGGAGGUACUGUCUCAGAUGACCAAUACCACAGUGCAAACAAGAUACCCGCUGAUUUUCAAUCGGGUGAAAAAAUCGGUUGAAGUACUAAAGAACAACAAGUGUCCCAAUUUUUCCUGUGAACAGCCAUGCAACCAAACCAUGGCAGGCAACAUGCUGACGUUUCUGAAGAGUCUCCUGGAAGUUUUCCAGAAAGAAAAUAUGAGAGGGAUGGGAGGCAAAAUAUGAAGAUGAAAUAUUAUUUAUCCUA